ACAGAAUGGAGAGCUUGUAGUUAAUGACACGACAGUGGAACUGACAGAGAGAAAUCAGUCGCUGAAGAUUAUGUUGGUGAAACCAGAAAAUGAAGGAAAAUAUAGCUGUGUGGUGAAGAACAGACUAUAUGAAGAUUCAGCAGAGGGAUCUGUCACAAUCACAGGCAAGGAAGAUUUCAGCAUUAUCUUAGCAGCCUCCAUAGUUGUGUGUGUCAUUGGCAUUGUGGUGCUGGUCAUAGUGCUCAUAGUGAAAGUGCGAAAACAGAGGAAACUUCAGGAGGAGCUGAAUCUGGCUGGGCUAGCAAAUUUUGAGAAGGGAGCAGUGGACAGUAUUAACCCAGAACUGCCUCUUGAUGAACAAGCUGACUUGCUACCAUAUGACCAAACCUGGGAAUUCUCUAGGGAAAAGCUUGUUCUAGGCAAACAACUGGGAGUUGGUGCAUUUGGUGUUGUCAUGAAGGCAGAAGCUUAUGGAAUAGUGGACAAUGAAGAAAAGACCACUGUGGCAGUCAAAAUGGUGAAAAGUGGUGCUGAUCGCUCAUUUAUUAAGGCCCUAGCUUCAGAACUUAAGAUCAUGAUACACCUUGGUAAACACCUCAAUGUUGUAAAUUUGCUGGGAGCUUCAACGAGGAACCUGGCUAAGAUGCAAUUGAUGAUUAUUGUAGAAUUCUGCCAGUAUGGGAAUCUCCAUAACUACCUUCUGAGACACCGGGAUGACUUUGUUAAUCAACUGGACCACACAACAGGCAAGCUUAACCUUGCCCUAGGCAUGGAGAAAUUCUCCAGGUCACAAUCAACAAAGAACAAUUCCACCUCAAAAAUAAACAAUGGAAAUAACUGAAUUUGGCUUGUGGGUACCUCCACCUCAAAAAUAAAUUCUCCAGAUGAGUGUUUGUUGAGCAACAGCAGCUCAGAGCAGCCUGACUGGCGUAUUAAGUAUCACGGUGACUACAAAGGCACAACCAUUGCAGUCUGUUCACAGGACCUAUUCUGUUGGGCAUUUCAAGUGGCCAGGGGAAUGGAGUAUCUUGCCUCCCGUAAGGUACUGCAUGGAGAUCUGGCUGCAAGGAAUAUUCUACUAGCUGAUGACAACGUUGUGAAAAUAUGUGAUUUUGGGCUGGCUAAGAGUAUGUAUCAAUCUAACAACUAUCGGAAGAAGAGCGCUGGUCCUCUGCCUAUCAAGUGGAUGGCACCGGAAUCAAUCAGAGACGGCAUAUUUUCCACGCAGUCUGAUGUUUGGUCUUUUGGUGUUGUUUUAUGGGAGCUGUUCACUCUAGCCCAGACUCCGUACCCAGGAAUGGAGGUAGACCAAAGGCUGUACUUGAAACUUGUUGAGGGCUACAGGAUGGAGCAACCUCUGUUUGCUACAAAUGCCAUAUACAGGACAAUGCUCCAGUGUUGGGAUGCACAGCCUGCUAAACGACCCUACUUCUCAGAAUUGGUAGAGCAGCUAGGUGCUAUGCUAGAUGAAAAUAUCAGGAGGCAUUACGAGGAACUGAAUAACCCAUAUGUGGACAUGAAUGAGAGAAAACUGCAUAAUGACUAUCUCAAUAUGAUGAGUGCCCCUACCUACAACAACAUGGUUGCUCCACAGGAGGCUCAACAUGAAAAUGUCAGCAGCCUUGUCUCAUGUCCAGCAGACAACAUAAGGCAUUUCAACAUGAGGAGUCCAACAGGUGUGGUGAGUCCACUUUCGAUAAAUAGUAGUGUGUUUGAGUUCUCAAGUGAGGCAAACAAUUCUGGUUAUUUAAGCAUGACAGGCAAGGAAGGAAUUUUCAGUCCUGGCCACAUGGAUAACAAUCCAUUCAAAUAUUCUCCACAUAUGCAAAAACAACGAGCAACAGGGAUGGAACCUCUUCACGAAAUGAAUCUUCUGAGUUCUGACGACAAUUUUAACAUGGGACAGAAGCCCAGUACUCAAACAAACCUUGAAAAUCCUCUGUAUAUGGUGGUAGAAACACCUGAAGGCUAACAGGAACGUUUCUUUAUUUAAAAAAUUUGUUUUACUUAGGAAAUAAUUUAUAAAUUAUGUAAUAAUUCAUGGGCUUAGAUGUUUUGUGCCAAAAUGUACAUUUUUCUAAAAGAAUGAUACUGUAAUUAACAAUACCUUUGUCACCUAAUGAAACUCUGUCAUUACUAAGCCUAAGAACUUGAUUUUUGCAAUUUACAGGGUAUUUUUGUUACUGUGUCUCGAACCAGAAUUUUCUAUGAUUAAAUAGCAUGAAAAGGGGUUAAAUUUACCUAUGCAUAAAGGUAAACCAUUUUAAAUUUUGCAUCUAAUGCAGCAAGCAUGUGAAUGUGAAAUGUGUAUUUACUAUUAUUUGCUGUGAAGCAAUUCAUGACUUGGUGUACAGCCAACUGCUUAUUAAUAUAAAGCCAUGAAAUAUUCUCAUCUUCA